AACAGAGAAACAUUUAAUUAGAGUGAGGAGCCAGAGCGAGGAAGAAAUAGAAUGCAGUCUGCAGAAAUGUUGAUGUAUUCACUGCUGCAGUGAGCCGGGACGAUUGGAGAAUUUACGCCGGAUUUCCUUCCCCAUGAAACCCAUCAGGAGGUAGGAAUGCACGACUCUGUUAACUUGAAGACAGCACACAAACUUUAAAGGAUUGGUGUCUUCCCUAAAUUGCCAAGAUGUCGAGCGCUGGACUGGCAGCACAGGAGAUCAGCAGUCCACUGACUAACUGCUUCAUGCAUGGCACUCAUGGUGUCAUCAACAACAAAAACUGCUGGAAUCAAUCAAGUACCUUGGACAACAUCUACUUUGCAGAAGCUGCAGCCGUGACCUGUGCUUUGAAUGCUGCCCCCCAUAAACAGUCCUAUAUUGUACCUUCAACCAACCGACAAGAAACAGAGCCACUUGGACUGAAUAGACACUGCUGUUUUGGAAGCUGCCUCAGAUCAUCCUUCCACAAGCUGCGACCGCCACCUCUGAAAAUGCAAAACUGUGAGGAGCCUUUUGUACAGCUGGAGAAGGACCAGCUGUUGUCUCAGUUUAAGAAACUCUCAGUGAACAGCAAUGUGCUGUCGCCACCUCAAACACCAGUGAAGGGAGCAACUGCACUAAUUAAUAUUGGAUGUUCCAGUGACCGAAGCUCUAAGCCACUUCCCCCACUGCCUUUCUCUUGUGAUGUGUCCUUUGAUGAUGUGGACAGUGAGGUCGAGUCCAUUACAAGCUCUGAAACUGACUUGCUUUUGCGGGACUACAGACCACUGAGCUUCAGAUAUGGUGCUCCUAGCAGAAGGAGCUUCCGUGGAUGCGGGCAGACCAACUAUGCCUACUCCGAGGGUGUUGGUCAGAAUAGAUUGCCAGAGAAUUACCACGUUAUAAAAGAUAGUAAACUGGAAAAUAAAGAGGUCACUGAACAACCUGCUCGGCCCCACCGCAAAUUACGGAGGUCACAUUCAGGCCCAGCUGGAUCCUACAACAAGCCCCCCAUGUUGAAAAAUGCAAGCUGCCUAUCAAGCUCAUCGCCAAAUUCCAAUGAGGUGAAGCCUGAGAUUCCCCCUCGAGUACCCAUACCCCCACGCCCAGUGAAACAUGACUACCGGAGAUGGUCUGCAGAGGUAAUGUCAGCCAUGCAUUGUGAUGAAGACAGACCACCAAAGGUUCCUCCACGAGAACCCAUGUCCAGAAGCAAUUCACGCACCCCAAGUCCCAAAAGUCUCCCGGCCUACCUCAAUGGGGUGAUGCCCCCAACACGAAGCUUUGCACCUGAUCCCAAAUAUGUCAGCAACAAAGUCCUCCAGCGGCAGGCAAGUGAUGGGGCAACGACACGGGUACCAUGCAUUUUACCGAUCAUUGAAGAUGGGAAGAAGGUGAGCUCCACACAUUACUACCUGCUUCCUGAGAGACCUUCCUAUCUCGACAAAUUUCAGAAGUAUUUUGUGGAAGCCCAGGCCUCAGAGGAAUCGAACGAUUGCACAACAGAAAGCUUCAAGACAUUUACAAUAACCAAACCAGUGACAGUAAAACAGAAACUCGUUUCCAAUGUAGACUCUCCUCAGUAGCAACAAAGAAAAAGUAGCAAAGAACAAUCCCAGUCUUAUCAAGGCUCCUGGUUGCAGGAUCUACAGAAAAAGUAAACAGAAUUGCAGAAUGUGAUCCCAAAACCUCAGCUAAAUUCCACAUAUUACAUACACAUGUGGAAUAUGACUUGACCAUUGUCGAUAAACCGGUUCUUGAAAAAUCCACAGUGAACAGGAUGCCUAGUUAGGUUUUUGCUGUAUAAUUUUUUGUGACCUUUUUCAUCAGGAUGUCUCAGUUGUUUUUAUUGCACUUUAUCUACUUUUGAACUUUGCAAAAAACAGUGAACUAGACAUUGGGCAUGGUCACAAUGCUCUUUGAUAUUUUGGCAGGUGCAGUAUCUGUUUUGGCCCUUCAUUGAUCGUGAACCUCAUAGAAAACCAGCAGAGAAAAGAUUAGCUUCUCUGGCCAGAACCUUUUUUAUCUAACUGUUCAGAGAUCCUUUUGGUUGAGAAACUGGCAAUUGUUACAGGGCAGUGUACAAAUGAUCAUACUUGGUGUCAAUUCAGCUCAGGGAUGCUCAAUGAAGGUCACCUCUCACUUAAUGGCUAUUUAAGUGAAAAAGUAUUAUGUUCAAGUGAAGGGAUAGAAUUAAAAGUCUUUUUAAGCACAGAACUGCCACAAAUUCUUUUCCCCUUCCCAUCUACCCAAUAAUUUUCAGCAUUGUGUUAUGAUGAUGGAAAAUCCCAAACUUCAGAAGGAAUGGAGUGGGUAUUCCAUUUUACCCAGAAGAUUAGCAAUCUGCAUGCUGCUAUUUCUUCUCUAUUUUCCCCCCUUGUUUUGAGUGGAACUGAAGUCAGUUAUGAAUGAGGUUGGGGGAGGAAGGAGGGUAUGCUGUGGGUAGGGGCUGCUGGUGGGAAGGGCUCAUCACUAGAUGUCUACUCCCCAUCUGUCAUUCACUGCAUUUUGGCACUGGAAGCUUACCUGUUCUACACCAUUCCAACACAAUGCACAAUAUGAUCUGCACUUAGCAAAAGAAAUGCAGAUGAUCACUGGCGGUUUAACAGGAUUUGUUGCAAUCAAGGCCCUAUUAGGUACAGGACUGAGGUGUGGUUUUGACAAGCUACCCUCUGAUAUCAUAUACUGUACAAAUACCCAUUCUAAGUGAUGAAAUAAAAUGGAUCAUGAAAGGCAUGAGUACACCCAAAUCUGCCCUUGUAUACAUAUGGUGUCUGGGGCCAGACACUGGAUUUUGAGCCAGAGCCACACAGGUCCAUAAUAGCUACUUUCCAGGAGUUCUUGCCAUCCAAAAUGAGUGCUGUUUUUUGAGGGACACAAUUUCUAUCUAUGGGUUACAUAUGCCCCUUACUGAUUCAAGCCUUGGACUCUUCCAUGUUGGUAAUUAGUAUCACUCUAUCAUCUGGAAUUGGGGGAGGAGGAAGGAGGACCAAGAAAAGCUGUUCAGGAAAUCAGUGACAGAAGGCUCCCUUCUGAAAGCCAAUGAAAAGGAAGGAAGCUUCAAGCAGAGAUUAAAAGAAUAUUCUACCCCUCCUCGAAUAUGAGUAUAUUGAGGGAAAACUUGGAGAAAAACAGCUUGUGUUCUAAAACAAAAAAAAAUAGGUUGAGUAAAGGGAAGCAUGGUAAGAGGUUCGAUACUAACCUACAAACUAGUUUACAUGAUAUAGGACUGGACUAGGAACCUACAUGAAGAAUCAUGCAGUUACUUGUUUGAAAGGUUUUACAUGUCAGAAACCAAUUAACUGUAUGUAACAUAAAUGAAGGCCUAUAUUUCUGCUCUUGUAUACUCACUGGCUGUAACAUAUUUUGUUUCUAUAAUAUUUGUUGAAAAGCUCCAGAACAAUGUUUCUGUGGGUCUGUGCAGUAUUAUUACAUUUAUUUUUUAAAAAAUCUUGGCUGUCUUUACUUUAAAUUGUAUUGUUUGGUAUGGGCUUUUGAUUUCUACCAGCAUACAACUGCUCUCCCAACAUAAUUUGGCGAUAAACUUGCUACUGUGACAACCUAAUGUAAACUCAAUGCAUGAUCAGGAAUACACCUUCACACUGUUCAAGCUCUGACUUUGACCUGUAAACGAUUCACAAAAAGUAGCUCCCUUGGGGUGUGUUUAUAGACUUUCUGCUCUCUUGUAGCUUAAGUGAAGGCAAGAACAGUGACAGCAAUGAAUUACAGAUGUUGUGCUAGGGUGGGCACUUUCAUACAAACCAGCUGCACAGGAGUCAAUUGUUCCCUCUUGCUUGGUGUCUAUAGAUGUACAGGAACUGAGACUGAAAUGCACACACAUGAGCUGAACAUGGUGAAAGAGAAUAAUUCAUCCUUUCUACUAAGCGUGUACUGGGUCAAAAGAAAAACUUGCUGUUCACCACCACCGGCUGUUCUAAAGUACUUUACAGUUGAUUUGAAAACGUGGUUGCUGGUAUAAAGUGGAAGAUAAUUUGUGCAUAGCAAACUCUUGCUAACCGUUAUGUGAAGAAAUGACCAGAUAAUUUUUCUUGAUGCCCUCUUUGUGUCCAAUUCCAGCUUUCAU